AGUAUAUCAGUUUACAUAGCAGCGAGUUCGCGCGGGGAUCUAUUGCAGUAAGAGCUGUGAAGAUACCUGCUCAUAAACUUUUCUGUUGAUUAAUUUUCCCUAAUUAAAAGCACCCUGCAGCUCAUUUUUUUUUUUUUUGGCUUUCCCAGUCGCUUCCUAUCACUUUUGCUCCUGCAGCUCUGCUCUGCAAAUUACAUCUGCUGCAUCUGCCAGGACACACUGGGUGAAGCAACAACCCUGUCUGAACGCCCCUCUUCUUCUCUUUUCGAUGCUCAAUUGACCUUGAUAAAAUAAACCUAUUUAUCGCGCGUUGAAAUAGGCGUGGCGAGCCCAAAAAAAAAAAAAUUAAAAAAAUUAAAAAAAGAAACAGAUUAUAUAAAGAAAAAUGGGGCGCAAGCCAAACGGAAUCGUCACCGAAUUCUUCAACCGGGGUGCCAAACUCCCAGACUCGAGCAACCGCUACGAACACACAUGCAAGUCCUGCGGACAGAAUUUCCCCAAAGGCCGCGCUGACAGCCUGCUCAGCCAUCUGGUUAAAACAUGUCAGGCAAUUUCGGCGGCGGAUAAACAGCGCGUGCUACAUCUGUGGCGAGCAGCGCCCGAACGCGGUGGACGAGGGAGCGCCGGAAAGAAAUUGCACGUCGAUGGGAGUGUGCGUAUUGGACGUGGCAAGCCGGGGAGUUUGCCAUAUGCAGCGAGGCAGACGGUUUUCAAUGGGAUUGGCGGCCUCAAUGGGCUGAAUGUGCUCGCCGAGGCAUCGAGGCAGGUAGGCGCCUCUGAUGGGAAGCACCCGAAUAACAAUAACGAAGUAGGAGGAGAAAAUCCCCUAGGAGAUAAGACUAUUGUGGUAGAUCCGGCAUUGGAAACGUCCAGUGCGGGAAAGCAGCGAAAUAUUGAGGCUGACCUUCGCGCCGCACUUGCCGCAUCUUCUCCGCCGCCUAACCACUAUGACCACCAUUCGGCAGAAUCUUCGACCGCCAUGGCAUUCCUUAAUAACAACUUCUCCCUUGCCGCUGAACAUAAUCCAGAUCCCGGGCAGUCCUCGCAGCUCUCCUUGAUCGCCGCUUCUGCGAAUGAGAUGGUCCCGCAGGAUGGAGGCCUAUCCCUAGAUAAUGAUGUUGACUUCGACUCUGCUACUCAUCACGCCGCCUUCUAUCCUCGACCUAUUGCCAUACACCCCAGCCCACAGGACUCCUCCGGGUUUAUCAACAAUUUUGGUGAAGCUAGUAAGCCGACAAAGCAUAAACUUAGAGCGCAAUUCUCGGAAGAGCGUCGAAAAGAGGUUCAAUUGGUCAGGAAAAUGGGUGCUUGUCUACGGUGUCGGAUGCUGAAGAAAACUUGUUCUUCGGAAGACCCGUGUAGGCAAUGCCGUACAAUUCAAAAUCCCCGUGUAUGGAUGGAAUGCUGCAUCAGGGAUCGGUUGCCGACUCAGUUAACCGCUUACUCCGCAGGCCUUCAUACGACAUUGGCUUAUCACGACAUAACCAAUGCCAAAAACCAGCUACCGUUUGACCUUGGGAUCGGAAGAAUUGAGAUAUUUCACUUCGACUGCCAACCCCCGAAGUUCAUCACCUUCAGUGCUUUACACCAUCAGACGGAGACGUUACCAAAUGUGGAUCCUGAGCUUCCCACACCGGCUUCCGAUGAAGAACCGAAGGUUCAAGCGCAGCAAGACAUACGAAUAUUAGAAGGCGAUAUUGAUGAGCUAUUCACCAAGGUAGAAACUUACGUCAAGACAAUGGCUACCCAGUAUUUCGAAUCCGAGCCGUCGACUUUCGUCAGAGAAUCAGUGACUCUGGCUUGGGAGCUUUACCAGAACACAGCUGACCAAUUACUAGCUGGCGUGUUAGACCUCUGGAUCGCAACUCGAAUCCUGGUGGACGCGGACCAACUAAAAUGGAAGAUAUUCCUUAACCCAACUCUCCCGCCAUCCUCCACCCAGCCUUUAUCUUCAACUUCCACAGAACUCUGCACUCCCAUCGAUGAAACAAAUUCUCCACAUUCAUACGCUCUCAUCUGUGCCCAACUCCGUGCCGCUACGGAGAGAUUUGCAGGAAGAAUUAGUAAGACCGUUCUCACCAAAAUCGAGCAGCGGUUACUUCAAAAACAACGUAGUGGCCACUUCCGCACGUUCUUAGGUGCUGUCGUAUUGAUGAACUGUGUUGAGCGUAUGUCGUGGCUGUUCAUGAAAUGGGAGAACAGUGAGCAGGACAGGCCACAGUGGCCCCUCGAAAACGGCCCCGCCAUGUACGCAGACCAAAACAAUCGAUUCGCUGAUAUUGUCACCACCCAUCUCCGCAUGCGCUCCCUAGCCCCAGACUGCACCGUGGAUCCUGAAACCGGUAACCUAAUGGCCAGUUACAGCCGUGACCCGGACGUCACAAGGUGGUUUAACGCCAUCGGUAUUUCACCUCAAUACUUCCAAGAACGUCAAAUGGCAGCAUUCGAUGCCUCAAACCCACGCUCUCUCGAUUUGCUCUAUUGUACACAUCUAUUCCGGCCGGCUGCCGAAAAUACUACAGGAUAAUACUUUCCUUCCGUUUUAUUCUCCUCCCCUUUUCCCCCUCUUUUUGCAUCCAAUUCCCUGUGUUUAUUUUAAUAUUAUUUAAACGGGGAUUUUGUACACUGCCUAUGAGCUUCAUGUGUUUACGAGCGGUAUGCUAUAUUUUAUAAUACCGCUUUCCUCCCUUUUCGUGCUCUUUGUUCACCCUCUAUAUAUUUUCUCUCUUAUUUCACCAUCUUUUUUUCCCGAUCCAUUUCCUUCGCUCUGCUUCUAUAUCCACGCUAUUGAUUGUUUGAUGCGAUUUAUAUACAUGGGAAAGGGUCCUGGAAAAUGGCGGAAACGGUAAAAUGGUGGGAAACGGAAAAUUUGGGAUAUAUAUGGGAUGGGAGGGGACAUACGUCCUUUUUUCUUGGGGGGAAAGGGUCCACAGCUUUAUGGUACAUAUCUGGCGUUUUGGUCUGUGUUUUACAUAUAUACGUUCUAGCCCGUUGGUGCGCGUUCAUAUUUUACUUACCCAUCGAAUCUCUCUUUUAUUUUUCUGGGCGUUGGAUAAUCAAUAUUUCUCUUGCCUUUCUCUUCUUUGUCUUUGCAGUCAAGCGCGCUGCUUUGCUGAAAUGUUCAGCGCGUUAUUAUCUUUUAUCUUUUUAAUCUUUUCCCCUCCCUCUUUACACAAAAUCAAGGGCAAAAUUUUGAUUAGGGCGGCCACCUCCUUUUUUUUGCUAUGGGCAAAUGUGCAUGUGUUGGUUACGGUUUAAUGGAACGGAGGGAUCCUGUAUCUUGUUUUCUUCCUUUAUAUAAUUUGUCCCCCUUUCAUUGGAAUUGCUGGCUUGAAUAUGGAAACGAUUGAGAUGAGAUAUGUUCUUUCUCCGUUUUUCUAGCUUAUUGGUACAGGGCCCCUUGCUAGGCGUGUGAUAUUAUAAAGUUGAGUCGUCGUCCUUUUUUUUUUUUUUUUUCUUCCUU